CAUACGCUGUGCCCGAUGAGGAGAAUGAAACGGUCGGAAGAAGAAGAAGAAUAAUAAUAGGGCACUCUUAUUACCUCUGAACCGGACUCGUGCUCUUUCUAGGGGGAUCUUUCCGAUUAUAACUGUGCUGGGAGCGUCUCUCUAGUCGAGUUCACGCUGGCUGCUUCUUCCCCCUCUUUUCUUCUUCUUCUUUUUUUAUUUCAGAAUUCUCUCGUCUUCAUGGCGACCUCUGCGAUCAUUUCAUGGUCAGAGAAACCAGUUCUACGGGCAUGGCCGACGUGCCAUUAAAAACCAAUCUAUCUCGGAAAAGCGCCUUCUCCUGUGAGGCGUGUCGCAAGCGCAAAGUGAAAUGCAACGGAGCCAGUCCGACCUGCUCGCGAUGUGCUGCACGCGGGGACGUGUGCGUCUAUAGCCUAGCUCCCACCUUAUCCUACACGAAGCAAUUAGAGACUCGGGUGGCCCAGUUAGAAGAUGCGUUGGCGAAGUUGCGCGGCCCUCAAUCAUCUCCCGAUGCUGUGGACCGAACCGCCUCCUCUCCGGCCUUAACCGACGAGGGUUCUCUAGACCCCAAGCUUGCCAAUCGCAAGGGGCGUGAUGGAGACCACAACGCCCACGGUCUUUCGACUGACUUUGAAGGGCUGAAAGUCGAACACGAUGGUCGAAUAUCCUUCCACGGACCCACGAGCUUAUUCCAACUUCCGAGUGGCGUUCUGAACCCGGCCUCCUCGAUCUCCCCGCUUGCUAUGCAAGUCGGAGAGCGCAAAGAGAGGUUAGUUAAGAAUGCCUGGCGUGAAAGAGCAAUUGAGCAGAUGGCUACUAUGCCGGAACCGUUCCAAUAUCUCCUUGAUUCUUACUGGUGCUGGAUCCAACCGCUCUUCAAUUUCUUAUACAGACCUGCAUUCACACGUGAUAUGAAAAUUAAUGGACCCUAUUAUUCCGAUGCCCUUCUAAAUGCCAUUCUCUCCCAUUCGGUCCGAUGGUGCAAGACUGAUCCUAGAAUCAGCCCCAUUCUUGACUCGUUCGAAGGUGGUGCUGUGUUCUUCCAUCGCGCAGUGUCAAGCAUGUACGAUUCGCUGAAGGAGAGCUAUGUUGGGAUCCCGACCAUCCAGACCCUCCUUCUCCUCAGUGCACACGAGUGCGGUCAGGGACACAGAACCCAGGCUUGGCUGUACAGUGGAAUGGCAUUUCGAAUGCUAGACGACCUCGGAAUUUCCAUUGACAGCCGCAAGUAUUGUGACUCUGCUCACCUGAGCGAUGAGGACAUUGAGGUCCGGAAUCGUCUUUUCUGGAGUUGCUACUUUUGGGAUAAGAUGGUGUCUCUGUACUUUGGCAGGUCUCCGACACUGCAAAGCUCGCAGGGCUGUCCCCCCAAGACAAUCCUGGAUGAUACAUCGGAGCUGGAGCUUUGGACGCCUCAUGGUGUGGUUUUCCCGGAAGGCACCCACUAUCCACCUACCCAGGCGCAUUCCACCUCUUGUUUCAUAGGGAUGUGCGGCUUGACCGAGAUCCUGAACGAGAUCCUGAUUCACAUCUACAAUCCCAACCGUCAAGUAUCGGGAGUGGAGUUCAAUAGCUGUGUUCGGGAGCAAUCUCACAAUCUAGCGGUGUGGUGGGAUGAGUUACCGGUGCAUCUGAAGCUCAUCCCAAAUGAUCUCCCUCCUUACUCUCCCCCGAGCCAUGUGGUGAUCUUGAACUGCGUCUACCAUACCGUCAAUAUCCUGCUCCAUCGCCCAGUUCUCUGUUCCAAAUGGAACCGAGAAGCCUACGACAAAAGCCAUCUUGUCCAGUGCAUGACAUCUGCAACCGCCAUCCUCUCCGUCUUUGGAAUGUACCGUCAUACCUUCGGAGACAGCCACGUCAUCCUCUCAAUCGCAUAUAGCGUAUACACCGCCGCGUCCAUUUUCCUCCUAGAGAUCCAAGCCCUGAAAUACGCAGCCCCAGGAACCCUGGAUAAGUUGAAGUUUUGCAUUUUCGCCCUGGAACGAGUGAAGAUAUCCAACCCAGUGAUGACUACAGCACUCAACCUUAUAUAUCAAGAAAUCCAACGACUCCAAGUAACUCUCCGCAUCAGUCUAUCCAUCGCCCAGAUGGACCAACAACCUCAUUCCGGCCGCCCUCAACCCGAGCCUCAGCAACCACCACCACCACCACAACAGCACCUAAACCAACAAAACCCGACCUCCCAACGUCGAUCACCGACCAACCACACACCCAUGAACCUAUCCCACAUCACCUCACACCAACCAGAUCAAUCUUCAUCAGGUCGCGGCCCAACAUCAAUCCCAAUAGCCCGCGGCAUUGACCCCACCACCACCACCACCACCACGACAGCAGCAGCAGCAGCUACCGUAAUACCAACAACAGGAGCACCCCCCCUUUACCCCUUCGACCACCAACAACCCAUGAACUCCGUGCCCCGCCCAACAGCACGGGAAUAUGAAAUCCCACACCCACCCGCACCGCAGACGCACCUUCUCGGAGGAAUGCCGGAUGCACUGAUGUCCCUCGAUAGCCCCAGUUCUUACGAGAUCACGCCCGAGGUUUUUGAAGCGUUCUCGUAUGCGCAGCCGAUCACGACGAAUAUGACGACUGCAGAUGAUUAUGGCUGGGCUGGACGGCCUUAGUUGGG